AUGGGACCCAUCUUCCCCCACGCGGCGGAUGUCUGUGUGUGCGGGGCCGCUGAAAUAUACCACACCCUGGGGUUCUUCGAGGUUGCGCUCUCCAACGCGCCCUACUCGGACUCGGACAAGGCACGUGGCUGUGCCAACCUGGGGCGCAACGCGAGCGGCUCCCCGAUCUCCGUGCUCCGCGGCUGGGUCGGCGGCUUCCCGGGCGCCAGGGGCGGCCAGCAGCCCGCGUGCAUCCCGACGGGCGACGCCGCGGCGGGGCUGGCGUUCAAGGUGCGGGAGGGUGUCUCACCGCUGCUCGUGUACGCGGCCAACUCUGUGGACUGGUACCCUUCGCAAGGGCUGUCCAACGACACCGGCGCGCAGAUCGCGAGCCUCCUCCUCGCCCACGGCGCCGACCCAAACGAGAUUGGACCCGCAAACAACACGGCGAUCGCCGAGGCGUCGGCGCGCGGAGACGUCGGGUUCGUCGAGCUGCUGCUGCGGCACGGCGCCGACCCGCGCGGCCAGCGGGGCGGCUCUACGCCGGGCCAGUGCAAGAUGGGCGCCGCCUGCUUCUUUUACCACGGCGAGGACGACGUCUCCACCCCCGAGCGCCCCAUCCCCGUGCCGAAGUGGCUCGCCGACCAAGCAAAGCAAGAGGGCAUCGACGUCAUCGAAGACGGGUCCGCUGCAUUCGCUCUCCUCGUAGCCGGCGUAGUUUGCGCGGUGCUCUGA